AUGACCGGUCCGGCAACGGCUACACCCGCCGUGACGAGCCCGGCAUCCAAUGACAACAACACGAACAUGCAUGGCCUCGCUGGCGGUGCAAUCGCGGGCGUGGUAGUCGGAGGCGUCAUUGGCGGCGCAGUGAUGGCGGGAGCUUUGGUCUGGUACGUCCUCGGGCGGCGGCCGCGGCACUCCGAGACUUCUCAGGCCCACGGCUGGGACCACAAUAUCGUCUACUCGGCAGCCCAGUCGGGCUAUGACCCAACCAAGACGUAUUCUACCAUGAGUCCCGCGGGAGAGCUACCCCCAAACACUCCUGGUCUUCGUCAUGAGCUGCAUACAUAG